AUGGAUGCGUUCAAGGCGAAGAAGGAACAGUUCGACGCGUGGCUCCGCGCGCAGUCCGCGCCGGUGGAGAUCGGGGUGAGCACGCUCGGAGGCGCGGCGCAAGGGAGCGUGCUCGGCUACGGCUUGGGCGUGAUGAACAAGUCGCUCGAGGCGCAGGCGGCGACGAUGCCGGGAGCGAAACCGCCGAUGGCGCAAGGGAGCUUCAGUGGACCGCCGAAGGUACUCGCGUUAAAUUUGGCCGUGUUCUCGGCGGUGCAGCAGGGCUUGACGCUGGCGAUUAAGAAGUAUCGCGGCGGCGUGGAGGAUAUUCAGGGGUCCAUGAUGGCGAUGUUCGGCGCCGGGAGCGCGUUGAGUCUCGUCGGUGCCGCGACCGGGUCGCCGAGCGCAGCAAUGGGCGGGGAAGCGCCGAAAGAUGCCGCCGGCGUGGCGACCGACGCGGUGAGGACGGGCGCGCUCUUUGCGCUGUUGAACGGGGCGUUUAUGAAGGUCGGACAGAUGUUCAGCGGGAAGGACGCGACGCAGGACUACCUCUACGCACACGGCACACACAUGCUUACGAAACUUGGGCUCGAAAAGUACGAGAAAAACUUCCGUAAGGGUCUUCUCACGGAUGACACGCUCAUGUUGCUGAACGAUAGCGCCCUUCAAGAGGUGCGAAUUCCCCCAGGGCCACGUCUCAAGAUUUUGAACUACGUCGACGCGGCUCGCGCGCAAGCUUUCCGGCACCAAGAGCAGCUCUCGCUCGCCGUGCCGUCGCAGAAUGCGCCGGAUCAGCCGUCGCCGUAA